GAGAAGCUGGCCGCCAAGAAGAAGCGGAGGAAGGAGCGAGAAGCCCUCGGAGACAAGGCACCACCAAAAGCCAUACCAAAGACUAUAGAAAAUCAGAGAGUAUAUGAUGAAACAACUGUAGAUCCCAACGAUGAAGAGGUUGCUUUUGAUGAAGCAACUGAUGAAUUUGCACCCUACUUCAACAGACAGACAGUUCCCAAGAUUCUUAUCACAACAUCAGACAGACCUCGUGGGAGAACAGUGAGAUUCUGUGAACAGCUGUCUACUGUUAUACCUAACUCACAUGUCUACUAUCGACGAGGACUGGCUUUGAAAAAGAUCAUUCCACAGUGUGUUGCAAAGGACUUCACAGAUUUAAUUGUCAUUAAUGAAGAUCGCAAAAUACCAAAUGGUCUUCUCUUAUGUCAUCUGCCUGAUGGUCCAACUGCUCAUUUUAGAAUGAGUAGUGUCCGUUUACGUAAAGAAAUAAAGCGAAAAGGGAAGGAGCCCACAGAGCACGUACCUGAAGUCAUCCUGAACAACUUCACAACGCGGCUGGGCCAUUCCGUGGGCCGCAUGUUCGCUUCCCUCUUCCCGCACGAUCCCCAGUUCAUUGGAAGACAAGUAGCUACGUUCCACAACCAGCGAGACUACAUCUUCUUCAGAUUCCACAGAUACAUCUUCAAGAGUGAAAAGAAAGUGGGAAUUCAAGAACUUGGGCCACGUUUUACAUUAAAGCUGAGGUCUCUUCAAAAAGGAACCUUUGAUUCCAAAUUUGGAGAAUAUGAAUGGAUUCAUAAGCGCCGAGAAAUGGACACAAGCAGAAGAAAAUUUCACUUGUAA